AUGAUAAAGACGUGAUUCUGAAUAUCUUGAGUGUUCUCACUGAUCUUCUGUCUGUGGGGACCGACCGGAGGAUUCACUACAUGAUCAGCAAAGGAGGCAGCGAAGCGCUUCUGCAAGCCCUGGUGAACGCAGCCCAAACUCCCUCGCUGGACUACACUGUCCUCUUGUCUCUGCUUCGCUUGCUGGCCAAGGUGGGCCAGAAAGAUAAGACAUUUGGGCUGAAAGCCCAAAAGCUGGAGGCUGUCGAUGUGAUGCUAAACUUGGCCAAGAAGAAUCUAAAUCAUAACCAGAAUCUCACCCACUGCCUUUGGGUGCUCCGAGUUUAUGCUUCAUGUGUGACGGUGGGGACUAUGCUGGGAGUGAAUGGAGCCAUGGAACUUCUAUUCAAAGUCAUCACACCUUACACCAGGAGACACACGACAACAGCAAGGGCAGCAGUUGAAGCCAUGGCUGCUUUGUUGAAAUCAAAGCCUAACAGCCGACGAGCCGUCAGCAGAGGCUAUAUACGUCAACUGCUCUGGUUAUACCAGGACUGGCACCAGCACGAUACCAGCAACAGUUACAUCUGUAUCCGGAGGGGCUUCCUCCUUUGCCUCAAGCACAUCACCAAUGUCCGGUCUGGCAGAGAAUGUUUCCUCCUUGCCAAUGGUAUGGAGAUGCUCUUCAGAACAGCUCAGGACUGUCUGACUAGCAAGAGCCUGGAUCCAAUCACCAACACAGCUACUCAGAUCCUGAGGAAAACCUACCCCAAGAUGCCUCUUCCUUCAGGCACUCUUUCCAACCCGUAUUCCUUCCCCAUUCCUGGAAGCACCAGAAGUGGACCUUCAAAACCCAGGCCAGAGGAUAAAUCACCGUGCUAUGGUUGUGAAGAAGAUGGAGAGGAGAGCAAGGAGUUAAAUCAUGAGGAUGUAGAAGUCAAGGAAGAAGAUGAUGACUUAGAGACAGAUGUCAAGAAACUCAUGUCCAAACCGGAGCUUGAUCGAUCGGAGUCAGAACUUGAACAGUACCGGGCGAUAUGUUUGGAACUUUGCUGCAACAUUCCGGUAUCCAAAUCUGAGCCCGAAGAUGAACUGAGCUUUGAGGAGGCUGCCAGGACUCUGACACAUUCCUGUCUCGGUGUCAUUCCACAUGCUGCCCCUGCAAACCAUCAGCCAAACAAUGGACAGAGAGACCAAUCUACUAACAGGCCAAAACCACCCCAAAAGGUCUCUCAGGUUCCAGCACAGAACUGUGUGAACCAUGCAAAACCUUCUCAAGAACCUGGAAAAUCAGCUACUGACAAAUUGGUGCCUGUAGUGGACUCCUUCCAGGCCCAAGACAAAGUCAACACAACUAAUCUAAACCCUCUAGAUGGACACAUUUGCCGUGGCCACUGCUUAAACUCCCAUGACCCUGUGGGGACCUCUGAGGUCAUUAAAAAACUUCUAGAAAGACACCCAGGGAAUAUUCCUUUCCAUAAUCCUCGCUUCUACAUGUCAAAGGCUGGACAUACCAGGUCCAUUCCCGAUUUCAGAGUGCUGGCGUUUCCUGAUUUCUGGGGUCACCAGACUCUUCCAUAUAGUCAGUCUACACAUCAAAGGAGAUACGGCAUCCAAAAGGUCAAAAUAUUUGAAGACGUCCGUCGGGUCAUCCAGCCAGAUGAUACAAUAGACCGAGUCAUCUUUAACUUAGAUGGUCCAAGCUGUGAUGCGCCAGAGUGCCUGAAAUUCUUUUCCAAAUUUGAAUCUGGAAACCUCCGCAAGGCCAUCCAAAUUAGGGAGUUCGAAUAUGACCUGAUCCUCAACCCUGAUGUGAACACCUCCCAGCACGAACAGUGGUUCUACUUCGAGGUCAGUGCCAUGAAGUCGGCCACUCCCUACCGCUUCAACAUCAUCAACUGCGAGAAACCCAACAGCCAGUUCAACUAUGGCAUGCAGCCGGUCAUGUAUUCAGUGAAGGAAGCGCUCCUGGGCAGGCCUCACUGGAUUCGGGUGGGCUAUGAUCUCUGUUAUUACAAAAAUCACUACCAGUGCUGUACAGCAGCGGGUGCUACACCAGGCAACAGUGGGAAAUUGUGCUACACCCUGACUUUCACCCUCGUGUUCCCCCAUAAGGAUGAUGUCUGCUACUUGGCUUACCACUACCCUUAUACCUACUCAGCCAUGAUGUCUCACCUGGACAUCCUCGAACAAACCCAGAACCCAAAGAAAAUCUUCUUUCGGAAGCAGACCCUGUGCCAUACUCUGGGGGGCAACCCUUGUCCUCUGCUCACCAUUACGGCCAUGCCAGCAUCAGAAAGCAGUGAUGAUUGGGAGAAAUUCCGUGGCCGUCCUUACGUGGUCUUGAUGGCCCGUGUCCACCCUGGGGAGAGCAAUGCCAGCUGGGUAAUGAAAGGAACGCUGGAGUUCCUCUUGAGUAAUGACCCUAUUGCAGACCUCCUGAGGCGCUGUUUCAUCUUUAAGAUCAUUCCCAUGCUGAACCCGGAUGGAGUCAUCAACGGCAACCAGCGAUGCUCCCUAAGUGGGGAUGACUUGAACAGGCAAUGGCUGAAGCCCAGCGCUAUUCUCCAACCCACCAUUUACCAUUCCAAGGGCCUCCUUUAUUAUCUCAGAAGCCUUGGGAGGGCUCCAGUGGUGUUUUGCGACUAUCACGGCCAUUCCCAGAAGAAAAAUGUCUUCUUGUACGGAUGUGGCGUAAAGGAGACAUUGUGGCAAGCUGGAUGUAGUGUUGACACCACCAUGGUCAUAGAAGAUAUCGGCUACAGGACCCUGGCCAAGAUUUUAGAUAAAGUGGCCCCUGCCUUUCUCAUGAGCAGUUGCAGCUUCCUGGUGGAGAAGUCACGAAAAGCCACUGCACGGGUGGUGGCGUGGCAUGAAAUGGGCGUGCUGAGGAGCUACACCAUGGAAUGCACCUUCUGCGGCUGUAGCCACGGGCUCUACAAGGGUUUGCAGAUUGGCACUGGGGAGCUGGAAGAGAUGGGCGCCAAGUUCUGUCUGGGCCUGCUCGUGCUGCAGCUGAAAUCUCUGCCCUGCAGUGCAGAAGUGAUGGUACAAGCUGCAUCUCUGCUGGACCUGGAAGAGGAAAUCGCAGACCUCCGGUUGCAAAGGACCAGCCCUGGCAGCGUGGAGACAGAUGACGAGCUCCCUGUCGGGGACGAUGUGGAUUAUAACACCGACAGCUGCUCUGAUCAGGAAGGAGACUUCUCGGAGCUGGACUACGCACUCCGGGAGCAUCAAUUCAGGGGGGAAGGAGGGGAUGCAGAGGGUGAGACCGGCAAAGGGCAGGUGCGCGGCCUCAAAACUUGCGAUGGACUUUACAUCUCCAGCUGGUAGAAUGUCCUCUGUGUCAGCAUUGUUUGGGGUCUUUGGGGAAAUGGAGAGCAGCCCAAAGCUUUGGAGAGCAGAUGGGUAGCUGCUUGUGUUUCCUUCCAGGCUGGAAACAACUCUGGUCCAGAUGUGCAAUUGCACCUGAGCUUUCAACAUGGACUUACCCCCCCCCCCAAUGUUUAUGUUGUGGAAAGGGAAAUAGGCCGAGAGAUUUCUACCCCUCUUUGCCCUCUGUCUGGCUUUCACUGUCUUACUCAAUUCGAUUCGAUUCUGAAUAUCUUUAAUGGCAUAUAAAUAGUUUAACAUUAACAUUGCAAGAUAAUUACAGCCUUUACAACUUCUGACGAGUUAAAAUAACACCAUUUAA